UCUAAUACAGUUAAAGUUAUAAACCUGUUUGAUUGCGGAUUACGUGAGCAGCUAAAAUAUUAGGAAAUUAAUUUUAUUUAAAUUUAAAAAUUAAUUUUAUUAUUCAGUUUUAAUUGGUCAUCUUGUUUUUUCAGAGUAAAAGUAGGCUAUCAUAGGUUCUUUGUGUAAUCAUGUGUUAUUUUUAAAUCAAGAAAGCUAUUUUUAUAUGAUCGGAAGUUACCACUUGGUAUGUAAAUACUUAGUAUUAGUUGUUUGGUUUUUACAUCGUUUGUAGAAAGUUUAGGUAGGUACUUUCUGAUUAAACGAAGGCCACCUAUUCAAAGCACGCUGCGACUGAUGGGGAAAUCAACAAGAACAAGAAAAUUUGCACAACAAAGAUUUGCUCAGAUGAAAAAAAUGAUAAGUCUAAAGGAUGCAAGAAUAAAGCCGGAACUUCGAGUUGUCAAGAAGAAGAAAGCAGAUCCACAUGAAAUGAAAGUUAAAGAAGUGCCUCAGGUAUCCUCAGCUCUGUUCUUCCAGUACAACACCCAGCUGGGUCCGCCCUACCAUAUCCUCAUAGAUACCAACUUUGUCAACUUUUCCAUCAAGAAUAAGCUUGACAUCUUCCAGAACAUGAUGGAUUGCUUGUAUGCUAAAUGUAUUCCGUAUGUGACUGACUGCGUGACGGGAGAACUGGAGAAGUUGGGUCAAAAGUAUCGAGUCGCCCUCAAGAUACUGAAGGACCCGAGGUUUGAGCGACUUCACUGCUCACACAAGGGCACUUACGCUGAUGAUUGUAUCGUCCAACGAGUCACUCAGCACAAGUGUUACAUAGUAGCAACUAAUGACAAAGAUUUGAAGAGGCGUAUAAGGAAGAUCCCAGGAGUGCCAAUCAUGUACAUUUCCCAGCACAGGUACACCAUCGAGAGAAUGCCUGAUGCGUAUGGUGCUCCAAAAACGUGAAGUUCACCAAUUUGUUAUACAUUUAACUAUUUUUACAAAUAAAGUAUGUUUUAAAUUUA